AAAAAAACUCUCGUGGUUGAUCAACUGCAAUGUUUAGGCUAUGUCUCCACCGGCUUUUGAGCAAAACGCGCCUUGAUUGCUCACACCUGUCCUCUGUGUCCUUUAGGUCAUAGCGCCGUAAGUUUGGUUUGACUGCAGUGUCCCAGGUCUUCCUCGAAAACGUUUCUUAAAUUGACGGACUUUUUUAUUAUGGCGACGAGGCUUUUCAAAAGUGACGUGCUUUGUACUUUAACGAGACUCCUCAUAGUCCUCGCGGCUAUAGACCUGCCGUGUACAUCAUGUUACAAUUUUGAAAACGACUCGCUCGAGCCCGACGUUCAUCAUGGUAAUAUCCUGAAUCCCCUGCUGAAGGCUUUGUCAGAGCAAGACCCGUGGGGAGACUACACACCGCGAACCAAGCCUGACUCCAGAUAUGUGCGCUACAUGAAGAGACUGUACAAACAAUCAUCCAAACAUGACAGAAGCCACGAGGCCUCUCAACUGUACAACACUGUCCGUCUGAUCACACCUCGAGAGGAGUGUCUCAAACAAAGCCGAGAAUUCAUGCAGGAUAUCUCCUACAGCCUAAAUCGAGUAAGGUCUCAGGAACAAUUACUCAAGUCCGUCCUGCUUUACUCCUUCGACCACAACCACAUCGCCCCCUUCACAUCGCUCUGUUACCUUGAUGUGAAGGAGCAGGAGCCCUCCAAGGAUCACAUGUGUUCUGACCAUCACAGAUUGCACCACACAGUCCCCCUGCUCAGCUUCCGCGUCCACACCGAGAGGAGGGUCCGUCGCCAAUGGGUUGAGGUCGAUGUGACUUCAUUCCUUCAUCCUAUCAUUCAGGCCCACAAGAAGGACCUCCAUCUGCUUAUCAACUUGACCUGUAUUGAAGAUAUGAUCCCUAGACCUGGAGGCCAGAUCCACAAAAGCCCAGUAGAGUUGACUCACAGGUCUCCAUCUCUUCUUCUAUAUCUUAAUGAUACCAGCGAGGUUGCCUACCAGAGAAGGCCUACGCCGAACAGGAUGGUAGACCUAACAUCAAACCACUGGGAUGAAAAGUCUAGAUUGUGGAAUCCAGCUUCACGAAAGAGGCGUGGCACUCUGAAGAGCACCAGCGCACCCAAGACUAGCGCACAACCUAACUCGCCGGAUAUUGUUUCAAUGUACGAAUUUCCUAAGGAUGACUGUGACCUCUUUGAUUUCAGAGUGAGCUUCGAUCAGCUCAAAUUGGCCCAUUGGAUUAUAGCACCUCAAAAAUACAAUCCGAGGUACUGUAAGGGAUUUUGUCCGAGGACUGUGGGAUAUAUCUAUGGGUCACCAGUACACACAAUGGUUCAGAACAUCAUUUACGAGAAAUUCGACUCUUCUGUGCCCAGGCCUUCAUGUGUACCCUCAGAAUAUGACCCCUUAAGUGUUUUGACCAUUGAGAAUGACGGUUCCAUUGCCUACAAGGAGUAUGAAGAGAUGAUUGCUACUAAAUGCACCUGUCGCUAAAGAUUAACAUGGUGUUGAUCUUUAUGAAUUUUCUUGUUCUUUUGUGAUGCAUUGCUUUGUAAAACACUGAUCUUUUUUUGUUUGAAUUGGCCAUUAUUAUGAUUAACACUGUAAAUGACUUAAAAAUAAGUCUGAUCAUUUUUUUCACAUUACGGACAUUUUUUGUUGAUGACCAGUUAUGUUGUUUUUAGUUAUUUUUCCUUUGUUUCGGUGGUCUUGUAUUGCACUUUCUGUACUUGAACAUGAAUGGCAAAAUUUUAAACUUCUAGUUCUGGACUGAAUAUGAAAAGUGUAGUUCUAUUGUCUUAUCAGAACACUUUUACGUUGUUUUUUUAAAACCUGGGAAUUGCAGAUGGUUGCCUUAUGGGCAACCUCUCUCUUCUUGAUGUCCAGAAAAUAAGUUGCCUUCUAUGGGCAACUUGA